AUGACAACACCGGACCAGUCGACCGCACCAAGAACAAUCCUCGCAGGACCUAUUUCUCCCAACUUACACUCCCAAUGCGCAUACCUCCUUCCCAUUCUCUCCCUCCUCGCCUCCGAAAAGCCCACUCUCCGAGUCCUCGACAUCGGCUCCGGCUCCGGUCACCUGACAAUCGAACUCGCGCUGUCCCUCCCUUCCGCCCAGAUAAUUGGAACGGACGCCUGCUCCGCCAUCCUCUCCUCCGCCCGGACUUUCGCCUCUUACGCCGGCGCGGACAACCUCACCUUCCAAACCGCGGACGCUCACUCACUCCCUUUCCCCGACAACUCAUUCGAUCUUAUCCAUACUCACCAAGCUCUCGCGCAUUUCCAUUCUCCUGUUGCCGCGAUCCGAGAAAUGCUCCGCGUCACCCGACCCGGCGGAAAGAUCUGCAUUCGCGAGGGAGAUCUGACGACCGCACGAUUCUGGCCGGAGGAUGAGGUGUUGAAGGAAUGUUUUGAUGUUAUUCGCGAAGUGCAUGGACGGGAUGGAGGAACGGUGGAUGCGGGAAUGAGGUUGGGCGGAUGGGUUAGGGAGGCGGGUGUGAGAGCGGGAAGGGUGGAGAGGAGUUGUAGUGCGGGGUGGGUGGAGACGGAGAGGGAGAGGAGGGAGUAUGGAGGGCAUUGGCCGGGACGGUGUGGUGGGGGAGUGUUUCGCGAGGCGGCGAUGGAGUUGGGUGUUGGCAGUUGUAGUGAUCGCUUGGAUGAGUAUGCUUUGGCUUGGAGGAGGUGGAUGGAGAAUCCAGAAGGAGCGUUUUCGAUGAUGCAUGGGGAAGUGAUUAUUUCGGUUUGA